GUGUGGAGACAACAUAGAACCAAAACCAAGAAAAGAUCCAGAGAUGAAGCUGAAAGAGGAGAAAAGCUCCUGGCAGAGGAAACGGUGACGAUGAAGGUUUUUGGAAGAAGAAAGAAGAAAAUGAAAGAUCUGACAGAGAAAUAUGAGAAGAUUGAAGAAGAGCUGCAGAAAACCAAAGAAGAACUGAAGAACAAGACUGAAGAGAUGGAGAAACAUGUAGAGACACAAACAUAAACACUAUCAUUGUGUUAUUGAGGACUCAUCUCAACACAACUGUGACUUUGCUCCAUCUACUGGUGAAAUGAUAUAACUGCAGGUUUUCUUCUCAGGUUAAUGAACUAAAGGAGGAGAAGAAGAAGCAGCAGGAGGAGAUGGAGACCAGAAACAAAGAGAUGGAGGAGAUAAAAGAUGAGUUGGAGGAAAACAAAGCUGCUGCUUCCAAGUCUAUCUGGCCUUUCAGGUCAGAGAGAAUCAAACCUGAACAAACACAGAACAGCAGCAGCUCAGACAGUCAGGAGACGUCAGGAGACGUCACUGUGUCCGUUAAUCCCAAGGACUACUAUAUCAGGCUGAAAAACUGGUCUGAUCAGGACAAACCACUGGGAGGACGUCAGUUAAAAGUCCAGAUCAACAAUAGUGAACCCAUCACAUACACAUUUAAACCAUCAAAGAAACUCAAGACUGGAAAGUCUGUUACUUUAUACCGUCCAGGCCGUGACGAGAGUUUUACUGUAUCUGGCCCUCGUGACCUGGUGUGGGAGGACCUGAAGUCCUGGAAGUCUGGAGACAGAGUCCAGGUCUCUCUGCAGUGAAAUAGUUCCCAGUUGAACUCCUUCAAUAAAGUUCAGUAAUCCAGCAAACAGCAACAUUAUAGAUGAGAAACAGCACGACUCAGAUCUUCCUGCAGAAAC